UAAUACCGUAAUAGGAGUAUUGAGUAUCUCUCUACUUAGCUGUCCAUUGUCUCUAUCUCUUUUCUGUCCUCCUUGUAAACAACUCUCUGUUUCAUCGCAAGAUUAUUGUACGUUGUUCUUGAAUAAAAUGCGCAUUCCAACAACAACUACAUUUUCUUAGCGGACAAGGAAGAGUUAAGAUGGAGUGUUGUAGAAGAUCAUGCUUUUCAAGGAGAUAUGGACUCGGGCUAUAAGAUUGUGAAUGCUGAUUGGCGCCUUUAAAGUGUAGGGUACUUGGAAACAACAUGUGCCCUGUUAUGUUUUCUUUUCUUUAUGUUGGAGGAUAAGUAUUUUGAUUCACAAGGAGAUGCAAUAAGUACAUUAAAAGAGGCUUUGCCAUUGUCGCAGAUUGCGUCUGGGUUGGAUGAUUUGAUGUACAUUUUAUAAUGUGAACUUGAAGAUUUGAAGUAGGAUAAUUCAAUUUCUUUCCUCUGUUUGACGUAUAUGAUGAAAUGAAAAUUUCUAAAUUGUUGUUUGAGUUGGUGUGUAUUGUGUACUUUAAAGUUGUUAUCAUUGUUGAUCUUGAGGUACGAAAAUUUUUUUAUCUAAUCAAGGCUGAGUUAUGAAAAGGAGAAAUAAGCUGGGCUUUUGAUUAGGUAGGAAGAGCACGUCAGGUUGCAGAUUGGUGAGAAAGAAGAAUGAUGCUCUUAGCCCUUAGGGGUUAUGUAAUGGAAGAUACGAGUGAGAUAAUUAUCUGGGGCAUAUAAUGCGCUAGAUAUCCCAAUUUUGAACUUACUAAAAUUACGUAGGAAAUUGGUGAAUGUUAAAUACAAAUUUACGUGAAUCCCAUACAUUUGGUUUGCCCUGUUCUCCAAACCAAUCUUGAACUACGUCCAAUAGUAGCGCUAUAAAAGAGGAGUCACAUCUCUUUACUAUAUGACCCUUAACUAAAAAACCUACUUCUAUGGUGUUUUACAGUUACUUGCUUCCCUAUCCAAGCUGAGGUCCAUUGUUCAUUUUCCUUCAAUAAAGAUAGUAAAUACCAAGGGGUGUGUAAAUGCUCUUAUAAAAUUAUUUUAGUAACAUAAAUAAUUUUCGAAAGUGUGUGAGAAUGAAUUGAUAUGGUUUCCCCCUUAGAUUUGGCUAACCCCUCAUGUAUUACAUUGGGAUGUGAAAUAAGAACUUUGAAUUUUAACUAGUGACUUUGGGAAGCUAUUUUCCAUUCAUUCGCUGGGAUGAUCAUUUUGUGACAUCUCCAACAUGAAAUAUUCAAUGAAUAGUGUGUUCAUAUGAUCAUCAUUAGUGACUUGAGAUAUGUUUUUAUUGAUAAUAAGCGAGAGUGAGAAAAAUCAGCCUGACGAAAGGGGUGGGAGAUCAGUAAAGUUGUUCUUUGAAGAACUGAUAAUGUGAUAAAUAAGUUGGAGAGCUUUGAAAGUGUAAACUUCUAUACAUCUGGAGUCGACCACAGUAUUUGGAAAUGGUCAACAACUAUGGAGUCUAUUGAUGUUCAAGAAAUAUCAUGGUGCAGUGUAUAGAUGGAAUCCAACAUUUAUUUCUCUCCCUUAUGCGAUGUUGCGACUUUGAAAUUACUAAACCACCGCGAGGUCUUGAAGACCCUGAGCGUCUAGCGAGAGAGACUGUUUUUAGUGUUAGUGAGAUAGAAGCUCUUUAUGAGCUAUUUAAAAGAAUAAGCAGUGCUGUGAUUGAUGAUGGUCUCAUCCAAAAGGAAGAAUUUCAGUUGGCGUUGUUCAGGACAAACAGAAGGGAAAGCUUGUUUGCUGAUAGGGUCUUUGAUUUGUUUGACACAAAGCAUAAUGGAGUUCUAGGUUUUGAAGAGUUUGCUCGUGGACUCUCUGUCUUCCAUCCACAAGCUCCCAUUGAACAAAAAAUUGAUUUUUCCUUUAAGCUGUAUGAUCUCAAGCAACAAGGUUAUAUUGAGAGAGAGCAGGUGAAACAAAUGGUUGUGGCUACAUUGGCUGAAACUGGUAUGAAUCUAGCAGACCAUGUCAUCGAAGAAAUUAUUACCAAGACCUUUGCUGAAACAGAUACUAAACAAGACGGUAAGAUUGACAAGGAAGAAUGGAGAAACCUUGUGUACAGACAUCCAUCACUGCUAAAAAAUAUGACCCUACAAUAUUUGCAGGAAAUUACAAUCACAUUUCCGAGCUUUGUGUUCCAUUCUCAAGUUGAUGAUACCUAAGUUUUGAUCUCGGUUUGUUUAUUUAUUGAUUGAUUUUGGUUUUAUCAGACAAAUAGUAUUGAGGAUGAUGUUUUUCCUUUUGUACAGAGGUCUUAAACAAGUACUCUACAUACUCUAUUUUUAGCUUUCUAAUAAAGUAAUUGAUUGCAUUUUCUUGAUUA